AUGUCAUCUCAAGGCAUCCGCAUCGCCAUUGACCGUGGUGGCACCUUCACAGAUGCAUGGGCCGAAGUCCCCGGCCGACAAGAGCACAUCGUCUUCAAGAUCCUCUCAGUGUGUCCUGAUGAGUACGAUGAUGCUCCCACAGAAUGCAUUCGCCAGAUCUUAGAGAUCGCCCUAGACACAACAAUACCCAAGGGCUCAUUACUAGACCUUGCGCCGAUUGAGUCCAUUCGUAUGGGUACCACAGUCGCUACCAAUGCCCUUCUCGAAAGAAAGGGUGAUCGCGUAGCAUUCCUUGCUACAAAAGGGUUCCGAGAUGUUCUUCUUAUCGGAAACCAAGCUCGACCAGAUCUCUUUGAUCUUUCGGUCCGUCGCUUGAAGCAACUCUACGAAACUGUCGUGGAGAUUGAUGAGCGAGUCACCAUUGAAGGUGCAAGCGAAGCGCCAUCAAAUGGCCCAAUCGACGUCUCUUCAGAUCCAGCGCUUGUAGUUGGUCAGACAGGAGAAGUCGUCAGGAUCAUGAAGAAACCAGAUCUUGAUGCUGUCCGCGCCGAUCUUGAGGAACUUAAAGCUCAAGGCUUCAAGAACCUGGCCAUCGGCCUCAUGCACUCAUAUACAUACCCCGACCACGAGCUACAAGUAACAAAACUCGCUGAAGAAAUGGGCUUCAAAGUCUCCGCUUCUUCGGUCCUGCAGUCCAUGGCCAAGUACGUGCCGCGCAGUCAAUCGGCCGUCGCAGACGCUUACCUCACACCCAUGACGUUCGCCUACCUAGAUGGUUUCCGCAAGAACUUCAAGGGUCAGCUGGAAGACGAGAGUGCUAACAAGCUCCUCAUCUGCCAAUCUGACGGCGGUUUGACAAGCUGGUCCAAGUUUACUGGCUUGAGGGGUGUUCUCAGUGGUCCUGCUGGCGGUGUUGUCGGUCUAUCGAGGACCUGCUACGACGAUGCUGAUGGCACUCCUGUGUUGGGCUUCGAUAUGGGCGGUACCAGUACAGAUGUCGCGAGAUACUCUGGUGCUUUGGAGCAUAUAUUUGAGAACACUUUGGCUGAAGUGACUAUCCAAACUCCGCAAUUGGACAUCAACACAGUCGCUGCAGGCGGUGGCUCAAUUCUGUCUUGGGAGAACGGACUUCUGAAGGUCGGUCCCAGCAGCGCUGGUGCGAAUCCAGGUCCCGCAUGUUACGGCAGAGGCGGUCCCUUGACUGUCACAGACGCCAAUUUCCUCCUCGGACGUAUCAUUCCUGACUUCUUCCCCCGCCGACUUGAUCGCGAUGUUGUGAGGGAGAAGUUCGCUGCUCUCACAGAGAUCGUCAACAAGGAGAAGGAGGGUGGUGAGCCAUUCACACCCGAGACUCUGGCCCUCGGCUUCCUUGCAAUUGCGAAUGCGACAAUGACACGACCCAUUCGAACACUCAGUGAAGGUCGCGGAUACGGCGCUUCCAGCCACAACUUGGGUUCUUUUGGCGGUGCUGGUGGACAACACGCUGUCUUUAUCGCUCGAGAUCUCGGUAUCAAGCGCGCCAUCAUCCCAUGCUACUCCAGUAUCUUAUCCGCUUACGGCAUGGCUCUCGCUGAUGUCGUUGUCGAGAACCAAGAACCUUCCGCCAUCACCUUCUCCGAAGAAGUCGUCCCCGAGAUCAAAGCCCGUCUUGAGUCCCUCUCUUCCAAGGGCGCACUGGGUCUCGAGUCGCAAGGCUUUGAUGCUAAGACAACUGAGCAUGAGUACUUCCUCAACAUGCGCUAUCAAGGAAGCGAUACCUCCCUCAUGAUCCCUGUAUCUGAGAAUGUAGGAGAUGCAGGCGUUGCUUUUACUGCUAGACAUACUCAAGAGUUCGGCUUCUCUCAAUCGCGCAACAUCCUCAUCGAUGACGUUCGUGUUCGAAGUGUCGGCAAGUCUCGCGUUCUCAAUAUAUCCAGUCCCUUCGAGGAGCUAAAGAAGUACCAAUCCGAUGGUCUUACUCCCGUCCCUACACCAAUCUUUUCUCGAAAGAUCUUCUUUGAGAAUCACGGCUGGACGGAAACUCCUGUUUAUGAGCUCAAGUCCAUGUCUCCUGGUGUUCACAUAACCGGUCCUGCGAUGAUCAUCGACAAGACUCAGACGAUCGUGGUUGAUCAUCUCAGCAAGGGUGUCAUUCUUCCCGAGCAUGUUAUCCUUGAGGUUGACAAGGCUGAGAAGCAGAAUGUUGCGACUGAAACUGUCGAUCCUGUUACGCUCAGUGUUUUCGGACAUCGCUUCAUGACUGUCGCUGAGCAGAUGGGCCACACCAUGGAGAAGACCUCGAUUUCUGUCAACAUCAAGGAGAGAUUAGAUUACUCAUGCGCCAUCUUCUCUGCUGAUGGAGGUCUUGUCGCCAAUGCGCCUCAUGUCCCCAGUCAUCUUGGCUCAAUGAGCACAGCCAUCGCAUACCAAGCUCAGCGAUACAAGGCUGGUGAAUUGAAGCCCGGCGAUGUCAUCAUCAGCAACCAUCCUCAAGCCGGUGGCACUCAUCUCCCCGACAUCACCACCAUCACACCCGUGUUCGACGAUGAAGAGAACCCCAAGGAGAUCAUCUUCUUCGUCGCCAACCGCGGUCAUCACGCAGAUAUCGGUGGUAUCGUUCCUGGUUCCAUGCCUCCCAACUCCACUGAGCUCUGGCAAGAAGGUGCCGCUAUCGAGUCCUUCAAGAUGAUCAACGAGGGUGCCUUUGAUGAAGCUGGUCUUAUUAAACGUCUCUACGACGAACCCGCUUCGUUCCCUGGCUGUAGCGGUUCUCGUACUCUGACGGAGAACAUCGCUGAUCUCAAGGCUGCGGUUGCUUCUAACCAGAAGGGCAUCGAGUUGAUCAGAGCUCUUAUUAAGGAGUUCACUUGGCCUGUUGUUCAGCUGUACAUGCAUGCUAUUCAGGACAACGCUGCUCAGUCUGUGCGCGAUCUCCUUAAGCAAUUUGGCGCGAAGCAUGAGGGCGGUGUUCUUGAAGCGACAGAGUAUAACGACGAUGGUAUCCCCUUCAAGCUCAAGGUUACCAUCGAUAAAGACACUGGGGAUGCUGUUUUCGACUUUACAGGCACUGGACCUGAACAUUCUGGUAACCUCAAUGCACCACCAACAUGCUCCUACUCCGUCAUCAUGUACUGCCUCCGCUCCAUGAUCUCCAAAGGAGACAUUCCCCUCAACCAAGGCUGCCUCAAGCCCAUCAAACCGNNCGGCUGCGGCGGUACCGACCCCGUCACCGGCGAAGUCACCAAGGGCUUUGGAUACUACGAGACCAUCUGUGGAGGUGCAGGCGCUGGAUUGGGUUGGCAUGGUGCUAGUGCUGUUCAUACGCACAUGACGAACACAAGGAUUACGGACCCGGAGAUCUUGGAGAAGAGAUAUCCCGUUAUUCUGCAUGAGUUCUCUAUUAGACGAGGUAGUGGCGGAGAUGGGAAGUGGAGGGGUGGUGAUGGUUGUGUGAGAGAGAUGGAGUUCCGUAUGCCUUUGCAGGUCUCUGUUCUUACGGAUCGACGGGUUACGGCGCCUUAUGGUCUUGAGGGUGGUAAGGAGGGACAGAGGGGGCAGAAUAUUUGGGUGAGGAAAGAUCCUGUCACGGGAGCUAUGAGACAGGUUUCGCUUGGCCCGAGAAAGACUUCGCAUUUCGCGGCGGGGGAUAGGAUUAUCAUUCUGACGCCUGGUGGUGGAGGGUAUGGGUUGGUUUCGCAGACGAAGGAUGAGGUUGCUGUGCCGGAGAGAGAUUCAAGAUCGUUUUUGACGAAUGGUAGUCUGGGAGUCAGGCAUAGUAUUGCUACUGGAAACUAG